AUGGCCGACGAAGCUCUUUCCAUCUACGACGAAAUCGAGAUCGAAGACAUGACCUUCGACCCAAAUCUCCAGAUAUACCAUUACCCGUGCCCCUGUGGCGACAGAUUCGAAAUCGCAAUUGAUGACCUGCGCGACGGUGAAGAUAUUGCUGUUUGUCCUAGUUGCAGCUUGAUGAUUCGGGUUAUCUUUGAAGUGUCUGAUCUUCCCAAGGAUGAUAAUCAGCCGGCACCAGGUGCAGUUUCCGUGCAAGCGUAA